UCCCUGAAUCCCUGCAUCUCUUCUGGGCUCUGAAGCCGGGCCGUGGCCUCCGGACCCCCAUCGUGUCUGAGAGAGGAAUCCACACAGUGCAUUAUGUUAUCAUUCUAGCAGGAGGGGCGUGCGUGGACCCUGACCCUCAGCAGCAGGUCUCCAUGGCCCAGAUGCCGCUCUCCACCGUGCCGAAGCCCUCGAUCUCCAGAGUCCCCAGCAGCAUGGAGGGGAUCAACCACGAGCUGGAGAAGGUCUUCAUCCGGGAGAGCGGGGACAAAGAGGAGCUCAAGUCCCUGGAGGUCCCUGACGGGCGGCGCGCCCCCUUCCCCCCCCAGCAGCGCAGCAGCACGGACCCUCAGACCCCCGGACUCCCCCACGGGUCACAUGACGGGUCACAUGACGGCAGCCCCUACUCCACCGAGGAGCUGCUGUACGACCGAGACAAAGACGGAGGCAGCAGUUCUCCUCUUCCGAAGUUCGCCUCCUCUCCCAAACCCAACAACAGCUACAUGUUCAAGAGGGAACCACCGGAGGGCUGCGAAAAGAUCAAGGCCUUCGAGGAGAGCAGCUCCUCCCGGCCCCCCCCCUCAGCAGCGACCCCCCUCUUCUCCUGCCCCGAUAAGAACAAAGUGAACUUCAUCUCCACGGGUUCUGCUUUCUGUCCGGUUCGCCUCCCGCUGCACCCCCCAGCCCCCCAGGAGGAGGGGGCGGGGCUACAGGGGGCCAAUCAGGUGUCAGAAGAGCUGGAGGAAACCCCCUCAGAGACUGAUGACCCCCCCACUGACAGCUGAGAAAGGCCUCUGAGACUCUAGUGUCCGCCCCCCCUCUAUCUCUGCAUGACACCAACGAAGAAGAAGAGACACCAUCGAAGAAGAAGAAAGGCAGUGGUUCCCAACCGGGGGUUUCUUUAUGGGGACGUAGAAAGAUUAGGGAUUUAUUUACACACAAAAACAUUUAGACGUGAAUUUUCUCUCUUUCUCACACUCUCUCUCCUGUUCACACACUUUCUCGCUCUCUCCCUUUCACACACACACACACUUGCUCUCUCUAUCACCCUCACACACAGAUUUAAUUCAAAUGACCACAUCAUCCUGAACUCCGAUGUAAAAAAAACACAAUCACAAAGCGUUAAACACACGAGUGACAGCAGGUGAAUCCUCACAGGUGAGUGGGGUUUAACGAUACUAAGAAAGGUUGGGAACCACUGUGUUAAAGUGGGAUGGACGGAGUGGGGGGGGGGCAUGCAUUUUAAACUGGUAGUAUAUUUCUAAUUUAAAUUAUGUGUUGUGUUCAGUUUCCACAUUCACAGUAUGAAUAAGCUCUCUAUACAUAUACACAUAUAUAUAAUAUAUAUACACAUAUUAUAUCUCUAUGGGAAGUCAUGCUUGUUUUUAACCCCCUGAAUAUCAGGACUCUGUUUCCAGGUCAUAUUAUGGUCUGUUUGCCAAGUUGUAUGAUAGAAAUGUAGAGUAGGGGGAGUGGUAGCAACCUGCAUGUGUUGGGUAAUCAGCGUUAAAUCGUUAAAUACCGUUAAAUUGCAUCAUAGAGAGAAUGUCUCGGCUGAUUUGGACAGUUUUUGAGUGUUUUUGGGGUUAUUGAGUCUCAUUUCUGACAUUUUCAGGAUAAAAAAAGACAGUUUGAGCCAGAGAGACGUAUCUGUACUCUCUCUGGACUGACUUUGAUGAGUUUUGGGUAUAUUUGGAAGAUUUUUGGGACUCUGGAUCAUUUGGAUUGCACAGAUUGCUUAUUAAUUAGCAUUAAAUUGCAUUUUAGCCAAAAUGUCGUGGCUGAUUUGGACAGUGUUGGAGUGUUUCUGGGGGUCAUUGAGGAUGCUGAACCCAUUUCUUACUAUUUAAGGAUCCAAAAUGACAGUUUGAACUAGAAAAUGCCAGGAUUUGUGCUCCUGGAGGACUGAUGUUGAUGAAUUGUGGGUGAAGAUUGAAGGGAUUAUUUGGACAGAUUGCUUAUUUAAUUGAAAAAGAAAGUCCACAGUUGAGAUGAUAAGUCAGAAUCAGCCCGCAGAGAGGACAGAUAUACAGACAUGUCGUUCUAUUUCAGGAUCCAAAAUGACAGUUUUAACCAGAAAGGCCAUAUUUGUACUCUUUGUUGGCCGAUUCUGAUGCAUUUUGAGUCGAUUUGGAAGAUUUAGGGGACUCUGGAUCCUGAAAACGUCAGAAACGGCUUCAAUAACCUCCAAAAUCAAAAUGUCUUAAUCUGCCGUGCCAUGUUGUAGCUGUUGUCUGCAUAACACAACUUAUGUUAACUGUGCAAAUCGCCCAACACAUGCACGUCAUUAUCCUGCUGCUUGUAAAGACUGUCGACCUGUACUCGACAUGUCUGUGUUCACCAUCCUGGCCACUGACUGUCUAAAGAAAGGGAUGUGUGCAGAGGCUCGCUUCAGGUAUUCUACAAUCAGAGCGUACUCAGGUAAUCUGGAAUCAAUGUCCAAUCAGAUAUCUGCAGCUCCACCAUGCAGAACACAUCCAAUCGUCAUCGUUCCUCUUCCUCUCGCUCUCACAUUGAUAAUCCUUCCUGUUUCCCCGCAGAGGAAAAGCUGUGCAAAGCUCAGAUGGAUCAGCCAGAGGAGACGCUUUAAUGAGCAGAAAACUAUUCAAACGAUAUGUUAUAAACAAAGUCAACAGGUUCACGUUGAGGGGAAGACAACACGGUGUAUUUGUCUAAUUCCUAGUCAGAAUUUCAAACCCAGUCUCACAGAAAAACGUGUAAUAGCUACGUUUGUCCACUGGGCAAAACGUGGUAUAUUCACAAAUAACCCUCUCAGGACGUUGUGGAGGAAACUUCUGUGUAGCAAUGCAGUGGGAGUCACCGACUCAUGAAGGAGACACGGGACGAGCAGGAGUUCUGAUGCCAAACACUGAGAUUUAAUACAAGCAUCGGCCGGAGAAAUUCACAUCACAAGUCACACAGUCAAAGGUUCUGACUGCACGGGUGGGUUGCCAUGUCAAAUCUCAUCAGCCUCGCAUCUUGGUAGACCUUUUAACUAGUUUACAGAGAGUCAAAUCCACAUAUUAGGGAUGGGCGUAAACCAUGUCGUAAACACAUCUGCAGACACAGGAGAUGUCUCUCCCAUCUCUGGAGCUUAGAAGCUAGCGUUCUCACAGUCGCAAACCCUCCCUAUGCCCUGUAGGUCAAGCUGUAAACCCUAGUAUCAACAUACGACUGCAUCAACACAUUCCUUACGGGAGAUUAGAAGCAGGGAUUGUCGUAAUAAAUGUCAACACACAGAAUAAGGUUAAAUGUCUAGGAGUAAAGACAAAAUUAAUCCCUAACAGACGUGACAUGGAUUCAACAUGUGUUCCUAUUCAUCUCUAAUGACCGGUGUCCAAACUUUCCCAGCGUGAGAGAACAUGGCGGGCACCCGAUUUAUUUUUAGUGGACAAUCCUAAAUUGAAGGAGAGUUUGAUUAAAAUGCUUUUUGAUUACAUUUCUAGCGAGAAGCUUACAUUGUACUUUCAGAAUCUACGUCCACUGGAUUUGUAGGAUCCAUAGUUUGAUAGAUAUUACCAAGAUGAUUUGAGCUCCAUGUUUUUUUUACAAAAUAUUGAAUCCAUGUCACGUCUUGAGAGGUUAUUUGUGGAUAUACUACGUCUUGCCUUGCGGACCAACGAAGCUAUUACACGUUCUUCUGUGAGACUGUUACACUAACUUAAGAGGUGACAAUGCAGCGAGAUAAAGGCUGCAUCUUAAGUAUCCUCAAGACUCUUAAAACAUCUUAUGUUGAGUAUUUCUAAAAGAAGGAUAAUCUUUUCUCAAGAAAUACAUUUUACUUGAUUUUAGAAAACACACUUUUAUUCUAAAAUCACUAAACAGAAAACUUUUGAGCGUUUGUGGCUUAAUUUGUAACAUAAAUAACAUCAAUAUAGUUCACAAUAAGAUUUCCCAGCUCUUAAGACCUGAUUUAUCUAAAUAUCACAUCUUAUUUGAAGACUCGUUUUAGUGGCAGAUUUUAAGCGAAAAACACCUUGUUUUUAUUGAUCUUUUAAGUCGAAUUGGAUUUGAAAGUCACAGACGUGAUCAUGCUUAAGGCCUUUUUCACCUGUGUCUAAAAACUAAACGGUAUGACUUAUGAUUAAAGUUGUUUCCGCAGCUACAGCUAUAAUACUGUCUGAGAGGGAUAAACCGUCAGGCCUUCAUGAAGACAGGAUUCUGGUCAUUUUUCUGACUUAAAUAUCUGACAGCGAGGGGGACAGACGACUGGUUCUUUUUAGAGUUUUUUAAAGAUAUGUAAAUAGCAUUUAUCACCUUUUGAAUAUAUAGCAUUAUUAUUGCUAAACACACAUUUCUGUCAGUAGCCGUGUUGAGGUUGGAUUCCCAGCGGACGUAAAGAUAUCAUCUCAGAUUGAAUGUGAAAAUAAAUGCUUAUAUUCCGACCGAUGCAUCAGAUAAUCAGUCAAAUCUGCGUCUGCUUUUCUGCACAGUUUUAGCAGGAUUAGCAUGUAGCCACAGUUAGCACGAGCUAAAUGCUAACCGUAGCCACAGAGAUGAGUGUUUGCACAGCUUCUCCCUCCAGUCUGCAGCUCUCACGUCCGGCACAUUAAAGCAUUCACAAAGAGCCGCUACAUUCCUCAAAUAUCUCUCAGCCUUUUGAUUCGCUGUCAGCUAGAGAGGUGUGUGAUGCACAGAUAAAAGUGUGUGUGUGUGUGUGUGUGUGUGUGUGUGUGUGUGUGUGUGUGUGUGUGUGUGUGUGUGUGUGUGUGUGUGUGUGUGUGUGUGUGUGUGUGUGUGUGUGUGUGUGUGUGUGUGUGUGUGCUGCGAACAGGUCAUGUAUAGUGGUUGUAUUGUGUCUCUCGGCCUCCCUGCAUCGAUCCCUCUCAUGUUUGUUUGUAUAUAGCCUACGUAGCUUCAGAAGAGGCUAAAUGCUACGUCGUGGUUUAGGGAGACCUGUCUGCACCUUAAAGAGCUUUGGCUUCCCCAAUGUUCCCAGUAUACUCGCCACUGGUCCCUCUCAAUGUGUGCAAUAACAGGAAGCAUCUUGCAUUCCUAAAGUUUUUAAAUAUGGAAGAUGCAUUUUGUUGGUAAAGUCAUGAGUCAAGAGGUGAGAGUGACAUCCCUUCCUGUGCACCUGCAGUGUCAUCGUUCAUGCACAACGGCAAUAAAAUACAUAUUUGUC